GACGCACGCCGCUUACGUCACGAUGAAGUCACCAUUUAGGUGGAGAAAUCGCGAUAAGACACGGGCGCUUUUGAGUCCUCUAAACGCAGGAAUCAUAAUAAACCCGGGUCAUCUGAUGAUCCGAUGAGUUUCGGGGGUUUGCUUCCUUCGCGCCGCUUCAGAAACACGCAGUCGCGCUGCUGCAGCCGGACGGCGGACGUGAUGAUGCGGCCCGUCAGCCUCAGCAUCCUCCGCCGGCAGUGACCGCGGAGGAGCCGCGCGCGGCCGGCAGGGAGGGGUCCCUCCUUCCCGGGGCUUUUUCCUCCGCAUGGAGCCCGGAUACCUGCAAGCAGCGAUGGCGAUGGCAGAAGUGUCGAAGAGGGUGUCGGCUCGAAACGUGGCGGUGGAGAGAAAAAACCUCCUCACGGUCUGCAGGUUUUCCGUUAAGACUCUGUUAGAGAAAUACACUGCCGAGCCCAUCGAUGAUUCGUCCGAAGAGUUCAUAAAUUUUGCAGCAGUCCUUGAACACAUCCUCAGCCACCGUUUUAAAGGCUCUGGUAGCUGGUUUGACGGUCAGAGAAGUUAUUGGGACUACAUCCGCCUGGCAUGUGCUAAAGUCCCAAACAGCUGCAUCAGCAGCAUUGAAAGCAUGGAAAACAUCAACACAUCUCGAGCGAAAGGUCGAGCCUGGAUGAGAGUCGCCCUCAUGGAGAAGAGGCUGUCUGAGUACAUCGCCACUGCUCUGCGGGACAGCAGGACAACCAGGAGGUUUUACUCAGAAGGAGCUAUAAUGUUGAGAGAAGAAGCCACAGUGCUAACAGGAAUGCUCAUUGGUGUGGGAGCCAUAGAUUUUAGUUUCUGCCUGAAAGGAGAGGCCCUGGACGGGAAAUCCCCGGCGGUGAUCGACUACACUCCAUACUUGAAAUUCACACAGAGCUAUGAAUACUUGAGUGAUGAUGAUCGGCAGAGUGUCGACAGCAGCGCCAGCGACGACAGCGUCCCCGAGCAUCCGUACGUCCCGCUGGUCACCGACGAUGAGAGCUGGAGCACAAAGUGCCGCAAAAUGGAGCAGAGGUUCAAGAUCGUCAACGCUCAGAAGGGGUACCUGGAGGAGCUCGUGCGCCUGCGUGAGUCCCAGCUGAAGAACACAGAGACGGAGAACAAGAAGCUGAAAUCUCAGCUGGAGGAAAUUCAGAGCCAAAGCCAACAGGAGAAGAAGGAGCUAGAGGCUGUUAUCCUGGAGCUGCAGGAGCAACUGACGAGCCUGAUUCCAUGCGACUCCAACCACCUGGCCAAAGAUCUGCCGAUCCCCCUCAUCAACCAGUGGCCGACCCUUGACCCCUACAACAUCCAAGAGGACAUGAAGCUUUUCCGCAGGAGGAGUUUCCCGAGCACAGAGCUGCUGUCCGUGGAGGUCAGCCUGGACUCCGACUCCCAGAGGAUCGAGGGCAAACAGAACGGAGGAACCUGGUGCACAGGAAAGGACUACACCCCCUCCAUGAUGGGCCUGUGUGGGUCUUUGGCUUCUCUGCCAAGCACCAAAUCUCUGGCUAGCUUCAAAUCAAGUGAAUGUCUGGUCAACAUCAGCACAGAGAACAGCCCUGCUCUGUCUCCCAGCUAGGGGGCGCCAAAGACGCACUGGAAAAACAGACAAUUCAACUGUUAAACAAAGUGACUGCUCCUCACUGCGAUGGCCUGUUAGGGCCUCCAUAGAUACAAAAAGAAAGUACAUUUCUGCAAAAAAAAACUCUUAAAUUUUGAGAUGAAUAUCAGAAAUAUUCUGGAUAAAACAAGGAGAUUCCUGAGCUCCAAAAGUUGAGAGGAAAAAUUCUUACGUUUUGAGAUUCAUCUCAAAAAAUUUCUAGCACAGAGAAAAAGUCAAAAUUUUGCCAGAAAAAAAAAACACCUCUUAAAUUUUGAGACUAAUCUCAGACAUUUGGUUAGGAAAAUCAAAUAAAUUUCUGAGCUGCAAAAGUAAACAUUUUCAGAUUAAUUUCAGAUAAAUCUCAGAAAUCUUGCAGAAAAAAUGUGGAACUUUUUUUCUGUUUAAAAGUUGAAAAUUUACCAAAAAAAUCUCAGUUAUUUUGAGAAAACAUGAACAUUUCUGAAUUUGAAAAGUUGUAAAUUUUGGACGUUUGAAACUGAAAAAAUAAAAUCCAAGAGACGAGUUCCAAAAUUUCAUUUUGUGAUUAAUGUCAAAAUUUAAGAGUUUUCCUGUCUUGCAAAUUUUCAACUUUUCCAGCUCAGAUUUUUCUCUAAAUUCUGAGAUUAUUUUCAAAAUUUUUGACUUUUCUUCUCACAAACCUAAGUCUUUUGGAGCUCACAAUUUUUCUUGUUUUUGUUUUUUUUCUAGAAGAUUUCUGCGAUUAAUCUCAAACUUUUGGAGCUUCUUGUCAGAAAUCUAGCCCUUUCUUUCUGGCUGUGGCACGCCGUCGUACCUCACUGAUGUGCGCUUUCAUCUGACCCUUGACCUCUACGCUCUGAGCCCGUUUCUCUCUCUCCUGAAUCAAACUUGAGUGAAGGAGGAUCCUGCAUGUCCUGAACUUUUCCAACACGGAUGCAGAAAAAGCUGCUGUACUGCCUCGUUCUUCAUUUCCGCUGCAUUUCAGAGCCGGUUUACGCUUCACGUAGAUAAAGUCCCACAUCACCGUCCGUCAUCACCGUACAUCCCUGUCCGUUGAGUCCGCUGUCUUUAUCAGUCCGUCUGUGUUUUCUCUCUGUUGCCUAACAGGCAGACUGGCUCAGCUGUUGUAACAUUUUGGGAUAUAAAAGCAGCAUUUUACGAUAGUUAAGUACAAUAUUAUCAGAGAUCAGAGCGAGUUGAGGCUUUUUAUAGUGAGCCAAGUGAACUAUGGUGAAGAUUAUUUAAAAUGUAACAGAGAAAGUAUGUAAUAAUCCAAUUAGAUGCUGAUUUUAGGACAUGUGAGUCUGCCUCGGUAAACCUGUUGCAUAAAAAGACAAAAUGCUUUGGGACUAUGCAGGAUGAAUGUUCUCUUUGUGUUUUUCUACCCGCUUGAUGAAAAAGUUUGAGUAGAUGAGAACUAGUGGAUCUGCCACGUGUCUGUGUGCCUUUGUUCCCUUUGUUUUCAUUUCCCGACCACUUUCAUGAUGCCCUCCGUACUUAAUUGUAAGAUCUGGUAAAGAUAUGAAGAAAAAAAAAAGGUGGAAAUAAAGUCAAAUUUCACUGAAGUAGCAUAUCUUUUGAAACAUUUAGUUAAAAAAUUCAGUGAUUACAAAGUUCCACACAGAUCAUAGUUAACAGUGAAUUUCAGUUGUUUAUCUUUAUAUUUAUUCAGGUUUUUUUUCUAGUACGUUCGAAAUAAGACAAAACUAACUUAAAAGUAAAAUUUCAGCAAAAUAUAGGAGCUUUCUAAGUCAACAAUUCCUCAUAGUGGAUGAACAUAUAUGCAGAAAAUGCCCUGUUAUGAGUGGAACUUAUACAUACAGUACAUUUUUCAUCAAUAUCAAGCAAUUAUUGACAUAAAAGUCUCCUAUAUUUUACUGGGCAGUUACCUGUAAGUUAGUUUUGUCUAAUUUCAAGUGUACUAAGAUAUUUUCACUAGAAACAAAACUCUCAAAACCAGAAAGUUGUGAUUUAAAUUGUAAAACAAAUUUAACAUAAUCUUUCCCCAUUGAAUAAUUGUGAUUAAAUCCGGUGUUAGAUUUUGCUACUGCAGUAAGAUGUGAAUUUAUUUUAAACUUUUUACACAUCUUUAACAUCGUGUUCAGUAAAAAUGGAGGACGCUGUAAUUUUUCCUCCAUCAACAUUUCAAUCUAAUGCCGUGUGGUUGAAAGCUGGAAAUCAUCGCAUUACUUAAAACUGCAAUAAAAACUGCCUUUUUUUGGAAACAGUAAUUGCUGGUGUGUACAUGUUGUUCCCCCAAAUAAGCAUUUCACUGUCAGAUAUAGAUUUACAUUUCUCGAUUAUGGGGUCGUUCCUAAAGUUGUUGGAUGGAUUGGAGAUGAAAGUCUAGCCAUAAAUAA